AAACCCUAAAUCCCAAAAUCUCUAUUUCUCUUCUUCUCUAACCGUUCUACACAACGCUCUCGCUUAAAUCUCUCUUGUGACUAUGGCGACAGUUUCAGAUCCUGCUCCGGCUAAGAAAUCGAGAAACAGUAGAAAGGCGUUGAAGCAGAAGAACGAGAUUGUCGAGGCGCCGUUGUUGUCACCGGUCUCAGCAGCCAAGGGGAAAGAGGCGAAAUCUUUUGAGAAAGAUCUGAUGGAGAUGCAAGCGAUGUUGGAGAAGAUGAAGAUCGAGAAGGAGAAGACGGAGGAUCUGCUGAAGGAGAAGGACGAGAUCCUGAGAAAGAAGGAAGAGGAACUUGAGACGAGGGACGUUGAACAGGAGAAGCUAAAGACGGAGUUGAAGAAACUUCAGAAGAUGAAGGAAUUCAAACCUAACAUGACAUUUGCAUUCAGUCAAUCAUUGGCACAAACUGAAGAGGAGAAGAAGGGAAAGAAGAAGAAGAAGGAUUGUGCUGAAACAAAGAGACCAUUGACAGCGUACAUUUUGUGGUGUAAGGAGAAUUGGAACGAAGUCAAGAAGCAGAAUCCAGAAGCUGAUUUCAAGGAGACUUCGAAUGUUAUGGGUGCUAAGUGGAAGACUCUGAGUGCAGAAGAGAAGAAGCCUUACGAGGAGAAGUUCCAAGCGGAUAAGGAAGCUUACCUUCAGGUUAUUGCUAAGGAGAAGCGAGAAAAAGAAGCCAUGAAGCUUCUUGAUGAUGAGCAGAAGCAGAGAACUGCAAUGGAAUUGCUUGAUCAAUAUCUCAACUUUGUUCAGGAAGCUGAACAGGACAACAAGAAAAAGGCCAAGAAGAUAAAGGAUCCUCUGAAGCCAAAGCAACCCGUAUCUGCUUACCUGAUCUAUGCAAACGAGAGGAGAGCUGCUUUAAAAGGAGAAAACCAAAGCGUUGUGGAGAUCGCUAAGAUGACCGGAGAGGAGUGGAAGAGCUUGUCGGAAGAACAAAAGGCUCCCUACGAUCAGAUUGCAAAGAAAAACAAGGAGGUAUAUCUUCAAGAAAUGGAAGGAUAUAAAAGAACAAAGGAAGAAGAAGCCAUGAGCCAGAAGAAAGAAGAAGAGGAACUCAUGAAACUCCAUAAACAAGAAGCUCUCCAACUUCUCAAGAAGAAGGAGAAAACCGACAAUAUCAUAAAGAAGACCAAAGAAUCGACCAAGAACAAGAAGAAGACCGAGACUGUCGAUCCUAACAAACCAAAAAAGCCUGCUUCUUCAUACUUUCUCUUUUGCAAAGAUGCAAGGAAGAGUGUAGCAGAAGAGCAUCCUGGGAUCAACAACUCAACUCUUACUGCCCACAUUUCAUUGAAAUGGAAGGAACUUGGUGAAGAGGAGAAACAAGUUUAUAAUCAAAAAGCUGCUGAGUUAAUGGUAGCUUACAAGAAAGAAGUGGAAGAGUACAACAAGAACAAGACUGUGUCCUAGAGGAAGAAACUAACUCAGCAGUAUGAAAAUAAAAAAAUUGAGAAUGUUCAAGUUUGCUCAUAUUGAACAUCUCAUCUCUCUCAUUACUAUGCAAAAAAGGACUGUUUAAAAACAUUUAGGAUUUUUAAUUAAGGUUUGUUUAAAGUAAACUAGUUUAA